AUGUUAAGCCUGUCUCGCUGGCGGUGGCCGUUGCGACACCACAGAGUUCCGAUGCUUGAAGGACACCGGUGGUACUGGGGUUGUCCGAUGGAGGCUGUAGGUUGGCUAGGUUUUAGGGUUGUUUUCUUCUUUUUGGCAGGUGAUGAAUUUACUAUAACACCCUUGCACUUUAUGAUAUUAGCUUUUUCUCACUUUCCAAAUGCAAAGGAAAACCGAACCAAAUCGGUUUGGCAGCCGUUCAUAUCAUGUGUGGUGUCGUCGGUUGAGGGCCGAAAUCUUGGCGAUCCAUUCUCGUUAUUGACUUCCGGUUUCUUUGUUGGAUAUCACGUGUCAGAGGAAUGUCAAGCCUGUCUCGCUGGCGGUGGCCGUUGCUCGCGCGACACCAGAGAGUUCCGAUGCUUAAAGGCCACCGGAGUAAAUAAAAAGAAUGCGAUCAUCGGAUUCGUUAGUCUUGCUGUUGGGUUCAUUGUGGUAAUUCUGCUGGUUCGCUUUAUCAUCAAGAAACUUGCAAAAUGUGUGCGUGCAUUCCUUCGGAAAGCCAAGACAGAGAACGACCAAAACAUCGAGGCCUUUCUAAAGAAUCGCGGGUCUCUUUCUCCGAAAAGAUACUCUUAUUCCGACAUUAAGAAAAUUACCAACCACUUUCGGACUAAACUAGGUCAGGGAGGCUUUGGUUCUGUCUUCCAAGGAAAGCUAGAAAAUGGCUCCCUCAUGGCAGUAAAGGUUCUCAAAGGGCUGAAAGACAAAGGAGAGGAGUUCAUUAAUGAGGUUGCAACCAUCAAUAGAACUUCUCAUGUUCACAAUGUGACUCUUCUUGGAUUCUGCUUUGAGGGUAGCCAUCGAGCUCUCAUAUAUGAAUUCAUGCCAAACGGAUCAUUUGGCAGUAGAGUAUCCCUAAGGCAAACCCAGCUUAAACACAUAAGGGUAAGCACAGGAUGA